AUGAUUCGCAUUUGGGUGACGGUUUCCUAUCACGGAGAACUAAUGGGCGAUUUUUCCUACAGAAGAACGUUUCUGGACAGAUGGCGACACACGGCUGACAGUUUUCCAGAGUUGAACGUAUCCGUGUUCGACGACUACGCUCCGUUCUUGGAUCAGCUAGACACAAUGUUGCCGGCCACCAUUACAACAUCUAUCUUCACCAUAAUCUGUAUGAUGAUUGUAUGCUUUGUGUUUAUGUACAAUCUCUUCACAGUCGUGGUCGCCACUGCGUCGAUCGUAUCAAUUUGUAUAGGAGUUUUUGGUCUCCGCUCGUAUUGGGGCAUUGAUCUGGAUCCAAUUUCGAUGUCGACAACAAUUAUGUCAAUCGGAUUCAGUGUCGACUUUCCGGCCCAUAUCACCUUCCACUACUACAGAGCAGGUAUGGAAGACCCGGACUCAACACCUGCCAAAAGAGUUGCAAAGUGA